AAAACAUGUGUUCAAACAAAACCUCUGUCGCAAGCAGAAUGAGGCUUUUUAUUUUUACACUGCCCUUCAUUUUUUUUAUAUUUCUUCAAUCUGUGGAAUCAAAUCCAUUGCCUGGAUGGUUACGAGGUCGCAAGUCAAAGAAUAAGUACAAACGCAUCGCACCUGAAUCAAUUGAAGAAUCGUUGUUAAAGCCAAAGUCACUGAAGCCAGUAGUUCUUAAUAAUGGUGAUGAGGUGUUUCGUAGAGGGAAGCUUAAGGCAAUAGUCUGGAACGGGCUAGUUUACACUUCAUUUUCAACUAAACUAAUCUAUUCAGAAAAACCUAAACAUCGUGAUAUAUUGAAGACUAAGGAUGGAGUUGAAAAAGCAGAAUACGAUGAACAUAAGGGGUGGAUCGGUUUUCUGUAGGCACAUGCAGUGGUGUUCGUACGCAAAUAUCUUUUGCACAUGCACUUCCGCGUCCAGCGGAAUGAAAUUAGGCUCCAGACGAUGAAAUAAUGAAGAAUCAUCGCUUACGCAAUUGGCCAAUGUCAUCU